UGCAGAUUGUCGCUUGAUCCCUUCGAUAUCGAUCGUCGAGAGUUUUAGCUUCCUUUCCACCAUAUUCCUACAAAGAUGCCUCGAAUUACUCGUAGUGCUCAGAAACAAAUCGAAUUUCGUUGUCAGAAGACUCGAUCACAACAGAAGAAGAACGAAGGAACGAUCGCGGCAAGUCGAAGCAAACACACUAGAGAAUGUUCGAUCUCACCGAGAAAACGACGCGAUCCCACAAAGGCUUGUCAAACCCUGGUUUCCGUAUCCCCGAAGAAGAGAAAGAACAACAAUGGAAAGGUUACAGAGGUUGUUUCCAGCGAUGAAGAGAACUCUGAUCCAAAGCAGAAGCUUUCAUUUGCAGGGCUUGAAUCACUAAAGACAACACCAAGAAACCAAGCAAGAUGUAAGAGUGCAAAUGCUGGUCUUAAAGUGGGGUCAGAACCAAGGAAAACACUCUCUCUUGCUCGCCAAGAUGGUCAGCAAUAUUCCAAAGUAAGAAGAGCUCUGCAUUCUUCGCAUCCUAAUAACUUGCUGUGUCGAGAGAAAGAGAUCACAGAAAUAAGAAAGUUUCUACAGAAUCAUCUGCUUAGGGGAAAACCAGGAAGUCUGUACAUAUCAGGUGCUCCUGGCACAGGAAAGACGGCUUGUUUGACAAAGAUUAUGUUUGAAAUGAAAGAUGAUAUCAGAAAAUGUCAAGUUAUUUUUGUUAACUGCAUGGCACUAAAACAACCUCAAGACAUUUUCAAGAAGAUAGCAGUUGAAUUAGUUGGAGAAGACCAGUGUCCAGCAAAAACUUCACAAAAAUUCCUUGAAGAGGAAUUUUCUUCAUCAGCUGCAACAAGAAUCCUUAUCUUAGAUGAAAUGGAUCAACUGGAAUCAAAACAUCAGGAAAUUCUUUACACUAUGUUUGAAUGGCCAUCUCUGCCAAAAUCAAAACUAAUUCUUAUUGGGAUUGCAAAUGCCCUGGAUUUGACUGACAGGAUUCUUCCACGCCUACAAGCCAGGCCUAAAUGUAAACCAGAGCUUCUCCACUUUGCACCCUACACAAAGGAACAGAUUGUACUCAUCAUAAAGGACAGAUUGACAAUGGUGGAUGAUGGAAAUAGCAUUCUUGAUUCUUCAGCUCUGCAGUUUUGUGCUAGAAAGGUGUCUGCCAUGGCUGGUGACAUGAGAAAAGCCUUAGAUAUCUGCAGGCGAGCGGUUGAAGUGGUAGAAUCUGGAGAAAGGAAACAACAGAUUUUACAACCAGUUGGAAAAGCUGAAUCUCCCUCAAAAAGGAUUGAAACUCCAUCAAAGCCUAAAAAGGUUGGAAUUUCUCAGAUUGCUAGUGUUGUCGCAGAAGUUUAUGGAUCCCGUCUGGUCUCAGGCCCUGGAGGUGAACAGCCAACAAUACCAAUGCAACAGAAGCUUCUUAUCUGCACAUUUUUGUUGAUGACAAAAGAACGCAGCACUAAAGAAGUUGUUUUAGGCAAGUUUCACGACACUUACUGUAAAAUCUGCUCCAAGAGAAAAGUCUCCCAUCUUGGUCAGGAAGAUUUCCUUGGGCUGUGUAACAUUCUUGAGACUAGGGGACUUGUUGGAAUGAAAAGAGCUAAAGAUACCAGAAUGAUUAAGGUGACCCUAAAAAUUGAUGAAAAAGAGGUUGACUAUGCAUUACAGGACAAAACAUUGCUCUCUUCAAUUCUUCAGGAAGGCAUACCAACAUUGUCUAAGAACUAAAUUUAAGAUAGCAAAUUUGAAUUGAAAGACGUUAGCACUUUUGUUGUAGAAAUCAUUUAAAAAUUUUUCUUAAACAAUCAUAAUUUUAUUUCAUACAAAUGCUUUGCAAGAUUUAUUCUAAGGUUCCCCUUCUUUAAACUGAGUCUUAAAGAGUCAGUUAAAAUAUUUUUUGUAAAGAAUUUAUCAAUUUUAUUUUCAAGAAAAUAUGUUGUAUAACAUUAGGGACUGGUCAUUAUUAAUCUUUUGGAGGGAGGAAGGGGGGGAAUUUUGAUUUCCCCCUUAGGGAUAUGUAGUAAUCUAAUGAUACCCCUUCAUUUGCAUUCAUUUUUUUACAGCCCCCCCUUGAUAAUCUGUUAGUGCAACUGGUCCCCCCACCAUCUCCUCUGGAAAACCAAGUGAUCCCCCCAAAAAUCCUCUGGCCCCAUCCCACCAGGCAAUAAAUUUUGAGUGGUCCUCUUUACCCACUAAUUUAUAAUGCACAUACACAAAAUGUUCAGAAAAUUUUUAACUUAUCAGUCUGCUGUUUCUAAGCUUAUAUCUUCACUAAAACUAUUUUAAAUAAAAUUUUCUUGUAGCUAUCUUGUAUAGUUUUAAAAGCACUUGUGAAAUACCAGUUUGCAAUGUAAUUUGUUUUAAAUUAUGCGAGUUUCAAAUGUACACAAUAAAGUUGUUUUUUAAAGCCA